AACAUUUAAUAGAUGUAUUUCAAUGAUUAACUCGCGUUCUCGUAAUAGCUCAAGAGCAGUUCGAAUGAGAUUUGACUUGGUAAUUCCACUCAUUUUCAAUUUCCCAUUGGCUCGUCGUACUGACGCAUAAAAGAUCGUCUUUCGUUAUCGACUCCGUGUGUAGUUCUUGUUUGUUAGCCAAGUAGUCAGUUACUCACAGUGAUACACAGAGCAUCAACACAAAUAGUGGGACAAUUUCAUCACGAUUUGAAGAAAUUUAUCAUUCUAAUUUUUGAAGUAACUAUGGCAACGUUUCAUCACGUUUGUUUAAUAGCUUUAGUUACACUGGUAUUCGCUGUAACGGGGACUCCAACUGAACAUUACAGAGAAUCUGUACCAAAAGGAUGUUCAUGUCCAGCUUUUGACGACAUUGAUCCUGUUUGUGGGAACGAUGGUGUGACGUACCCUAAUCUUAUGACGUUGAGAUGCGUGGAUAAGUGUGUUAACUAUAACAUUGACCUCAUACAUCAUGGACCUUGCAGAACAUGAGGCUCGCUCUAUAUAAUUAUGAUCGAGCGUAAAGUUGAAAAAGAAAUAAAAUAUUAUACACUAACUAUAUUCAAUAGUAGCAAAUGUUUCUAUGAAUUUACUUGUAAAUGAACUAGAAUAUUUAAUUUUAGCUAUUUUUAAUACUCAUAAAUUAUCAGCAGAAGGACAAUUGAUAAUAAUAUCAAAUAUAAAAAUGUUUAUUAUUAUUUUGUUGAGGGAACAUAAGAAGCACUCUUUGACCUGCUGAGAUAAUGAAACUAAUAAAUAAAGAUGUGCAUAGUACUUGUAAAAAAGAAAAUGACGUUUUUAUAUAAAUAAAUAUAAUGACGAGAAA